AUGGCCAAGCGCGAUUUAUCAACUCACUUUUGCUUAGUAUUGCUGUCAAGUGUGGUGCUAUUGGCAUUGCGCAUCGAUUCUUUCGGAGCAGAUGCCACAUAUUUAAAUGCGAAUCUUCGUCAAGACACGAGGACGCUGACACCAACUACGCAUGAAGACUUGACUAAUCACGAGCCAAGGACAAUGACUGCAGCGGCUGUCGUGCAUGGUAACUUAUUUACGCAUCUACUAAAUAGAAUUUGGUCCUGGGUUUUGCAAAACAUUGGCAGUUCAUCCGUAAUAAGAAGAGUUUCGCCCAUUGGACACAUGAAACUCACAAGCGACAAAAAGGAAGCAGCGUUCAAUCUGUUGAAGGACUUCAACGUUGAUAAGGUAGAGAUACCGAUAUUCGAGAGUCAGGCGUUUGUAAAAUGGUCCAGUGUCUUCAGCAAAGCCUUUCCGAACGACCAGGACUUACGUGCCGAGCUUAUGGUUUCUGCCCUCGUCAGACAUGACGAAGCCAAGUUGAUCGAAUCUAUUGCCCAAGUCAAGCCAUUCUCUGGAUCAACGUUGAUCGCUAAGCAGUUGGAAAAGGCGCUUAUUGAGAAAUGGCUUGGCGAUUCCAGCGAGAAGAUGAUCGAUGUGCUGAAAAAGCCAAUGUUGCAAAAAUGGUUUCGCACAUUGCCGAAGAGAGAUCCGGCAAGAGAGACUCUGUUUUUUAAGGCCUAUGAAAGAAACGGCUUUGAAACGGAAGCAACUGACUUCCAGGAAGCAGCACAGACGACAGGAGGCAUUUUCAGUGAAAUGGCCAAGUCUAUUCUCGGAAUCAAACUUUCAAACGACUUGUUUCAUGAACUGAAGCUCGACGAGGCAACUAGUAGCAAGGACAUCGUGGAUCAUGGUAGCCUUGAUACGUGGCUCAUGAAGGUCGAAGAGCUCGAAUGGGACCCCGUCAAACUUCUUUUUCCUAAGCUAAGAGCUGUAUCAACUGACAUCGACAUUCUUGUUGAUUGCGUUUCAAAAAACCAUUUACCUGUCGAGCUUCGCGAUAAAUUACAAGAUGCCGUGCUUGAUGAAUGGGUUGGGACGUCCGGCAGCGCAGCUUUAAAAUACCUUGGACUAGAUGUCGUAAACAACGGACCUUUUUAUCCUUUGCUGCUUUCUUGGGCUAGCUACAUGCGCCGUCUUUUCCCAGAGACUGCGUCAAUCGAGAUGGUGAAGGUUUUGAGGAGCUUCUUCCCAAAUAAACUUGGUGAAAAGAUUGCCCAAGCUAAGGAAAGUGACAACAGGCCACUUCAAGCGCUUGCAGAAGAACUCGCUGCAGCAGCGAUCAAACUUGAUGAUACUGACAAUCUUCCGCAGCCUGAUCUUCCGCCGCCUGUGGCUCCAAUGCCGGACGUAUAA